AUGUGUACAGUGGGUGCCCCAAUAUUUUUGGCGCGGGGUAACUUGGGGUACAAACUGGUGAUGCACUGGCUUGUCAUAUUUGUAGUGAUUGGGGUGGUCAACAAGGUCAACCACUCCAAUCAAUCCUCAUCACCCCAUAAAACUUCCUUGCCUCCUUGGAACAACCAACCAGACCAUCACCAAUCAAUAUGGUCUGAACCCCAAAUGCAAGCCCCACUUGUCACCCAAGCAGAAGGCAAAGCCGAGCGCAGUACCAUUGCAACAGCCCCCAGAAGCGGACAACUGCGCAUGACCAAUGACCAAGACCUUUGCGAGCUGGAGAAGGUCCUCAACAAAAAUCCCUGGAUGAAGAUGGCCGAGGUCAAAGACAUCCUGACCACACCAAUUUCAACCAAAACCACCCUCUGUAAUUCUACAGGUCAUUUAACCCAUAUGGAACUGCUAGGCUAG